GAAGGACGUUUGUUCUCGAGUGAAGUUUGUGCGAGUGGAUAUGUGGUGUGAAGUUGGAUAGAUAAAUGCCUGUGCUCCACGUGGGUGCGAUGUGGUCGCGCAAGCAGUCGGUGUGCAGCGCCGUAAGCGCCGCGUCCCGCCCCGACGACCUGGAGGCGCCCCUUCCCACGGGACAGCGCAUCUACCCCUUCGCGGUGGCGCUGCGAGUGAGGGUGCUGCAGAUAGUGUGCGGUAUCGGCGGGCUGGUGGUGGGCGCGGUGGGCUGGCUGGAGGAGCGGCGCAGCCCGGCGCUGGGGCUAGGCGUGCCCGCGGGCGCCGUCACCGUGCUCGCUGCCGCUACAUCAGUCUACUUCAGUCGCGGCUUCGGCGGCUGGCGGUCGGCGCGGGCGAGGGCGCCGCGGCCCUGGGGCGCCCCCUGGCGGGCUCUGGGCCCGUCGCCCUGCGCCGCCCUGCCCCUGACACUGCUUUGGACGACGGCGAUAUCAGCGCACAUAGCUAUGUUGGCCUUCUGCGUUAGAUCUCUACUGAAUAUCGGUUGCGGCAGCACGACGUGCGUGGGCGUGGCGGGCGCGCAGCUGGCGGUGUCACUGACGACGCUGGCGGCCAUCUUGUUCCUGCUGCAGCUGGACCUGCGGUUCGACUCCGCCUACUCCCCCCCAAGACCGUCCGACGCGCAGAUCACCGCUGUGUCUAUGGUCCCUCUAACAUCUAUAGCCCUCAACAGCGGCAGCGGCGAGGGCCCGGAGGGCAGCCCUCUCAGUAAAGACAAAGACAUGCCCGACCAGCCAACCUGAUGUUGAGUGUACAUACUUAAGUAGCCCUUAUACAUAACCUGUAUACAUAACACUGUAAAUAAAUUGUCAUAAGCUAGA